UCUACUGAGCACAGAGUCAUUUCAUUCAUUUCUUUCUAAGACUAAAGUAAUUAUUUUUUAAAUUCUCUAGUAAAGUGAAAUUUAACUUCAGUUAAUUCAAAAAAGUCCACAUUUUUCAAAAAUAAUUAAAAUCAAUAAAAACUGUUUAUCCGGUGCAUCUAAAUACAAAUCACCAAAUUCACAAUGAAAUUCAUUAUAUUAUCAAUCUUAGUGCUUUUAAUAGCUGCUUAUGUUAGUGCUGCACCAAAUACAAAAACCGGCAGAGACACAGAAUUGGAUGCGUCCGGAGAGCAAGAGUUUAAAGCGCUUUACGAUGAAGUCAUCGAACAAGCAGAUAAAGCACCAACAUCAAGGAACUGGAUAGACACAUUUAAGGCACUUUGGCAAGGCCUCAAGAAUGAAUUUAGUGAGUUGAAGAGAUCAACAAAAGGAGCAUUUGGAAAGGCAACGCACAACAUUUGCAAGCUUAUGUACAAAAAUAAUUUAAGUUUUGACACAGUCGUUAAGUUCUGUGGCGCUAAGGAGAACUAUGUUGAUGUUAUCUUUUAUCCUGAAUAAAAAUUAAUUUAAUUUGAA